AGUUUUUAGCCAUGAGAAAGCCUAAUGGUCGCAAAAGAGUUGAGAUGGCAAAGAUGCAAAAGAAGAGCAACUUAGAGGUAACUUUUUCUAAACGUCGUGUUGGUCUCUUUAAGAAGGCAACUGAACUUGCUAUCCUAUGCGAAGCUAAAGUUGCCACUGUGAUUUUUUCUCCUAGCAACAAAAUUUACACAUUUGGUCACCCUUCUGUCAAUUCUAUUGUGGAUAAGUUCCUUGGACUAAAUCUUGACGAGCCCACUUAUCACAAUGAUAGAGUUGGUGAGGUAAUUAAUCAGCUAAACCAGAUGGAGGACAGACUUAGAGACGAGAAAAGACAUGGAGAAACACUUCAAACAACGGGGGAGAAAGCUCCUGUGCUUGAAGAACUCAACUAUUUCCAACUUCAAGAACUGAGCGAGGCCCUGGAAGCCAAACAAAAGGAAGUCGAAAGAAUGGCGAACCAACAAAAGGAGAAUGGUAUUGUCUUCCCCUAUAGAACACUUGGAGGUGCAUUGGCUCUUUCAUCUGGUUCUGAUGCUGGACCAUCUGGACCCCGUGACUAGAUUUUUCUCAUUUGAAAAAAAAAAAAAAAAAAAAAAAAAGACUCCAAAAACCUACUUAUAGACUAAUAUGGUCAAACUAUUUAUUUUUCGUAUGAACUCUUUUCCCUAGAACUUGUGUGUUUGUUUCUAGCUUUCUGGUUAAACGUUGGAAAAGAGGUACUAUCUCUAUGUAGAGAAAGGGUACCUGAAUAAAUUAUGCUAGAGAAUGUCUGUUUUUUGUGUGUUGUUUACUUUGUCAUUACGUUCAAACGUCUUAGAACUUCUUUUCGUCUAUCAAUUUAAGAAAAUAUGUUAC